AUGGCACGUCUCCUCACGACCAUGCUGUCAGCCGCCAUUUCGGGCUUGGCAGGAGUUUACACCGAGAAGAUUCUGAAAGGCUCCAAAGUCACCCUCUGGGUUCGGAAUGUACAGCUCGCCGCCUGGUCUGCAGUGAUUGGGCUGGCGGGGCUGGCAGGAACUGGUGAUCUUGAAGGAAUCCAAAGACAUGGUUUUUUCCACGGCUACAAUGCUUGGAUUUGCGCCUCUGUUUGCAACAAUGCAUUCGGAGGUCUGCUGAUUGCCGCUGUCAUCAAGUACGCGGACAACAUUCUCAAGAACUUCGCCACCUCGGUGUCCAUUGUGCUGACCACUGCCCUCUCGAUCAUGUACUUCGGUCUGCAGCUGAAUGGAACUUUCUUGGCUGGCGUGGUCGCCGUGUCAUCCUGCCUGGUUACCACGGGAGAAGGACCGCUUGAAGAGAGUUCUUGA